GAUUUAAAAAAAAAAAAAAACAAACAAAACAAAAAAAAAUAACAACAAGAAGAAAAACGAACCCAAAUAAUAAAAAGAGAUAGAUAUAUAUACCUUGUAUAACAGUAUUAUUAGAAUCUUAUACAUAUUCUCUCUUUAGAAAUAAAAAUCAUAAAAUUAUAACAAAAACAAGAAGCAAAACAAAAAGAUAUACGUAUACCUAAUAAGCAAUAUAAAAUUAAAAAGUGUGUUUUUUUUUCGUUUCUUUGAAUACAAUUUUUGAAAAUAUAAAAUCGUAUGUACGUACAAUAAAAAAAAUAUAACAAUAACAACAAACAAAAAAAUUCAAAAAAAAAAAAAAAGGAUUAUAUUUGACAACAACCUUCAUUGAAGAACAAGAAUAAAAUUAUAAAAAUAAAAAAUCAUAAAACGAAAGAAAAAGUGAAAAAAAAACAAGCAAGAAAUAAAAUAAGAAAACGUCAAAUAAUAAAAAAAAAAGUACAAUUUCGUACUCAUUUUUCUCUCCUCUUCUCUUUUUUUGUUUUUUUAAAUUUUUUCCUUGCUGAUUUUUGUCUUGUAUUGCGGCUCCAAAAAAACAUUAAAAGGCAACAAUAUACGUAAGCAACAAAAUAGAAAAAAUAAAACAACAAAACAAAAAAAAAAUAAAGAGAACAACAAACAAAGAGAAAAAUAAAGAAUAAAAACGAAAAACAAAAACGAUUUUCCAAAAGAAGAAUAAGAAAAUAAUAAUAAAGCAAUUAUUAUCCUUGAGGAUUUCCUACACGAAACAAGUUAAAUUACAAUAAAUCAAAAUGCGUAUAGUACACAGUCCAUUUGUGUUACAAUCACAACAGCAUUCAAUUGCAUCAAAUCCGUUUCAGGAUAAUAAUUCUACAAUAACAUCAAAUAUCAAUAAUAACAAUAACAGUGAUAAUAACAAUAUAAAUAAUAAUCCAAUAUCAACAUCAAAUUAUUUAGGAAAUACACAAAUAAAUAAUAAUAACAGUAACAGUAAUAGUAAUAAUAUAACAUUAAAUUCUAAUAUUAAUAAUACAUCAAUUACAACAAAUUUAAAUGGUAAUACAGAAGAAAUUGUUGAAAAACUUUCAUCAAUAUACGGUCAUAUAGAUGAUUUACAAAUUAAUACAACAACAAAUGAAUUAAAUUCAAAUUUAAAUAGCAAUGAAAUUAUCAGCUCAAAUAAUACAACAAAUCUUAAUUCGUUUACCAAUAAUUUUAAUUCAUCUUUCAAUAAUAUUAAUAAUUUUAAUUUAAAUAAUUAUUUUAAUAAUUAUACAAUUAAUUAUGAUUGCGGUUUAAUUAAUGUAAAUGAUAAUAAUAAUGAAGAUAAUAAUGAAAAUUCAUUAUCAUUAAAUAAUGUUAUAAUUAAUGAUGAUUUAGAACAAUAUAAAAAUACAUUGGUUAAUGAUCAAAAUAAUCAAAAAACCAUAUUAAAUAAUUUAAAUCGUUUAAAUGAUAACCAGCAACAACUCAUUAAUAACGGUAAUAAAAAAUUAGCGAAUUCUAAUAAUAUUAUAUUGGGGGAUAAUAAUAAUACAAAUGAUAUAUUCCUAGAAAAUUUGAAUGUACUUUGUGCAAAACAGGAUAUAAAAUCUCCUUCAUCUAUUGAGGAUUUCAAUAUAAAAACUAUUACUGGCUUUAAUAAAUUAAAAUCACUUCAAUAUUAUUCUGAUUCAUCAUCGCAAUCCAGUUCUGAAGAAGAAAUCGACGACGAAGACGACGAUAUUGAUGACGACGACGACGACGUGGACGACGAAUACGACGAAGAUAAUAUUAAUAACAAAAACGUCGACGGUAACGAAAAUAACGAAAACGAUAAUAAUGAUGAUGAUGAUGAAAAUGAAAAUGAAAAUGAAUAUAUAAGUGAUGAUAACGAUGAUAAUAUUAUAAUUGAAAGAAAAACUAAAAACGUAGAGCUUGAAAAUAAAGAGAAUAAUGAAAAUAAUAUUGAUAAUGAUAAUGAAGAUGAUGACCAAGAACAAAAUAAUGAAGAUUUGAAUGAAUCAUUAAGUAAAAAUUUAAAUAAUCGUAGAGAUUCAGUAAAAUUAACAAAUAAAAUUACUGAAUUUACUACAAAUAAAAUAAGAGGUGCAGGAGGAAUAAUUCAAGUUGAACUUACUACAACAUCACCAUUAUCUUCAUCAACAUCAAUAGUAAUAGAAAGUGAAGGAAGAACAGUAAUAGGAGCAAAAAAAUCUUCUUCUAAGAAAUCUACAAUAAAGAUAAAAAAUUCAUCAGGAAUAAAUAAAAAAUUAACAACAAUAUCAUCCCCUAAAAUUAUAUUAUCAAGACCAUUAACAUUAACUAGUAAUAAAAUGGCUGGUGAUAAUGAGAAAAAUGUUACAAAUCCUGAAGAAAAUGAAGUCUAUUCAGAAACAGAAUCAGUUGAAAUGAAAAGUUUACAUGAUGAUAAUGGUAGAAUUAAUGAUAUUUGUGAAGAUAUGGAAAUUGAUAAGAAUUCUGAUAUUUUAGAUAUUGAUAAUAAUGAUAUAAAAGAUAUUAUUGAGGAUGAUAAUAAGAAUGUGAAUGAUAUUAAUGAUACUGGUAUUGAGGGCGAUAAUGAUGAUGAUGACGAUGUUGAUGAUGAUAAUGAUAAUGUUAAUAAUGAUUUGGUAGAAAAUUGUAUACAAAAUCAGGAUAGUGAUAAUAUAAGCACAAAAAGACGUUGUUCAUCUCCAGCCGGUUGUGUAUCAUCUGAUAGCACAAUAUCAGAGAAAAGUUUUCCUAAUGAUGAGGAUGAUGGAAAAGUAACAAAUACAACAUCACCAUCAUUAUCAUUUGCUUCAGCGAAUUCAUCAAAUGGUACUAAUAAUGCUGAUUAUCCAAGAGGUAUUAUUAAUCCAAAUUAUCCUGGAUUUCAACAUUUAGCUCAUACAUUAUCCGAACAUUUUGUUAAUCAUCCCAAUGAUGCAGACGAUUCUGAUUUAUCAGAAUUUGAAGUUGAAUUAAGUAUAGAUGAUGAUAUUGUUGCUGGUUUUAAUAAUGCUACUAAUAUAACAAAAGAAGAAAAUCAAAUUAUUGAAUCACCAUUAGUAAAUGAUUUACCAUCACCAUUAGAUUCACCAUUAUCACCACCACCAGUACCACCAUCAUCAUUUGAUGAUAAAAAACUAAAUGCUGAUGUUACCAUGAAAUUUAAUACAAAUAGCCCAAAAUUUGUAUCACAACACGAUGAAUAUCAUCAUAAUUUAAUGGAAGUAACAAAUAAAAUAAAAGAUAUAAGAGAACAUAAAGAGAUUUUAUUACCAGAAAUUCGCAUAUCAUUUGAAUGUCAUGAUCUUAAAUUAGAAGAACGUUUCGAUUUAAAAGAUAGUCCAAAACGACUAGCAAUAACAACAUCACAGGAGAAAGUACCAAAAGUUUAUAAUAAAAUUGAUAAAGGAAAUAAAAUGAUUAAUGAGAAAUUAACAAAAUCACCGCCACCAUCACCAACAUCAUUACAAUUGCGAAUGGAAAUGCAACAACAGAAACAGAGAGUUAUUUCUAGUAAUGAUAAUACAAAUAUUGUUGAAGACAUAUCAUGUGAUUUAGAUACAUAUUUGAAGAAAUAUGAGACGGGAACUGAUAUUAAAAUGAAACCAAUUAAUAAAUUUGAACAUCAUGAAGAAGCUACUUCAUUAGAAAAUCAAAUCAAAUCAGAUAAAUUUGAAAUGCAAGACACCAAAAUUAAUGAGAAUGAAUUAGAUGAAGCACGUAAUUGCCCAACACCAGAUAUUUUAAUUAAAAACUCUGCAAAUGAUUUUAGACGUCAUAAAAAUUCAGUAACUGGUAAUCGACCUGAUUUAUUACGAAAUGUUAGUCCACAACCACCAGCAUGUGAAGAAUAUCAAAAUUUAUUAAGAUCACAAUCACAAUCUUCAGAAGAAUCAUCAUUACAUGAUGAAACUAAAUUAGAAGAUCAUAAAUUCAAUUUAAUUCAACAAGAUGAAACAAUCCAGUCUACUAAAAUUGUUGAUGAAUCGUAUAAUAUAAAGUCUUCAUGUAUACCAAUAACUUCAUCCGCAAAGUUAUGUAAUGAUGAUAAAAAAAUAUCACGCAUAAUGAUACCGGAUAUUUCAAUUGAUAAUCGACGUAGUGGCGAACAAAAGGAAGACAGUUCUUUUGGUACAACUCCUGUUGAUAUUGUUGGUGAUUUUGGUCGUGAAGUUGAACGAGAAUUUGGAUUAUUAGUUUCUGGUUAUAAUUCAAGAAUUCUUAUGAAUCGUGAUCCAUCACCGAUUAAUAUUAAAAAGAUUAAUGGAAAUGAAAGUCCAAGUCCAACUAGAAUUGAAAACCAUGAGAAGAAAUUCAUACAAAAGAUGGCUGACGCCCAUUUGUCUGAUGCUAAAGAGAACAUUAAUUUUGGUCAAUCAUCAAUUAAUACAACAUCAUGUUCGAAUUUAAUUAAUGGCUCAAAACCAGCUUCAAUGGUUGCAAAUAUUGUUGUUGCACGUGCCACUUUAAAUAAUCCAACAACAGAUUUAAUUAUGACAUCAACUGCAAAAUUAAAUUCCAAUCAAAAUAAUAUGCCAUGUGAUUUGUUAAUGGAAACAGCAAAUAAAUUUGGGGGCGUUAAAACAACACAAUCGUCAGUAGAUAGCGAUUUGAAGGUAACAUUACAAAUACAACAAAAACAGCAAAAUCAAGAGCAAAAAAUUAUUGAAGAAAAAUUGUUACCUUCACUUCUGGUAUCAAGCACAUCAAAUAUGGAAAGACCAGCUAAGAAAAUACCACCGCCGCCUCCACCAAGACGAUUUUUACAGCAACAAUUGCAACAAAUGCAAAAACGACAACAAGAGCUUCAACAGCAAAAGCAACAGCAGUUGAAACAGCAACAAAGACAAAUCGAAAAACAAAAAUAUACAAAUAUUGUUAGUCAUAAUAAUCCAUUUGUUUCAGCUGUAUCAGCUAAUCAAAUAGAUUUUAAUAAAACAAAUCAAACAAUAACAGCGGCAACAGAAACUAUACAAGCUACACCAGCUACAACAAAGAUAAAUGCAAAUGAAAAGCUCUCUAAAAAUAAAAUUUUAUCAACAUCACAACAAAUAGCAGCAGUACAAGAUACACAAAUAAAUGGUAUUAACAAAACUACAAUAAAUGAAAUAAAUGAUAGCGAUAGUGUUUGUAGCAGUGUUGAUGUCAGUGAACAAAUUAUUUUGGAGUCAACAACAUUAAAUGACAUAAUAAUAACAGAAAAUUCAACAGCAGAAAGAAAAAAUACGUUAACAAGUGUCGCUACCUUACAAAAAAAUCAAGAAGAAAAACAAGCAGAAGUAGAAAUAGAUGCAAAAGAAGAAAACGAAGAAAAAACUAAACAAAAAAUCGAAACACAAUCGCAACAACAACAACAAAUUAAAGCAACAGCAACUGUUAAAUCAAAAUAUCAAAAAUUUUCAUAUGAUGAUCGACAAUUACCACCAGUUGGUAUAGGUGUAUUUGAACAAAAUAGCCGACCGUGGUAUGAAGAACAAAAAAUUAAAUAUGAAAAAAGUCAUAAUUAUAAUUCAACAGCAACAACAACAUUAACAACAACAACAUCAGCAACAGGAAAUAAUUGUAAUGCGGGUGAAACGCGUAAAACACGAAAAAAUCAUUUAAACGCUAAUUUGUCAUCGUACAAGUCAGAUCAGCGUUCAGUUAAUAAUUCAAAUGACGGUAACGGUACACCAAAAAUAACUGUUAAAAAAUUACAUAGUCGAUCAUCGCAUACUAAUGAACAUUAUAAUCAACAUCAUCAUCAUCAUAAUCAACAGCAAAUUCACAAUAAUUCCAAUAAUUGUGGAAAUAAUAAUUCACAAUUAUCAAUUGAUAAUAUCGAACAAGAUAAUAAUCAUAGAUCAUCAUCAUCACAAUCAAUAAAUCAUACAAAUCGUCAUUCAUCAUCACGUUAUCAUCAUAGUCAUCAUCAUCACCAUCAUCAUCAUCAUCAUAGUCAUCAUAAUCGUAAUUAUAGCAAUAAAAAUAGUAUUCUUAAAGAGAAUACAACAACAAUAACAACAUCUAUUAAUGGUAAUAAUAAUUCUGCUAUUAAUGAUAACGGUUUCGUUGCUAUUGUAACACCAAGAAAAAAAGAAAAAAUUAUACCAAAUGAUGAUGAAUUUAUACGACACGAUAUUUAUAAAAGUUUAACAAAACAAUAUAAUAAUAAUAAUAACAAUAAUAAAAUAAACGAUAUGAAUAAUCGUAGUAUUGGCGGCGUCGGCGGUGGCGGUUUCGUUAAUAAUAUCGGUUACGGUAACAACGGUGGUGGCACUAUUUUAAUUGAUAACAGUUAUCGUACAAUUCGCAAUGAAGUUACAUCAAAAUAUAUAUUAAAUUUAAAUAAUCAUAAUAAUAAUAAUAAUAAUAAUAAUAAUAGUAAUUAUAAUAAUAACAAUAAUAUGAUUAAUAGCGGCAGUAAUGGAAUUUAUAAGAGUGGUGGUAAUAAAAAUGGAAAAACAUCGUCUUCAAAUUCAUCGAGUUUUGAUGUAUACAAUAUUGAAACAGCAUUACCAUCAAUUGAUAUGGACGCCAUUGAAACUCACCUGCAAAAAGCUAAAGAGGAAGAAAAAAAGGUAUGUCAAAGGAUUCUUAUAAUUUUAUCUCACAAUUUUAAUAAAAAAAUCAAAGGUCAGUGCCAAUACAAAAACAAAAGAUUUUUGUAAUAAAUUGAACAAAAUGGACAUUUUAAUUAAAUUGAACGAGAGAUUUAUUAGCUCACAUUAUACACAUUCUUCAUAUAAAAUAAAGGUUGUAGUGAAAGUAAUUCAAUACACUAAGAAAUAGGUAACUCAAUGUUAAGAGAGGCUAAGUAAUUUUAUUAUAUUUCAUGUAAAUCACGGAACUGUGAAUUCA